AAACGAAACGCUAAAUUAAACACAUACUCUUACGUCGAUGCGCGCAUGUGUUUGUAUGUGUAUGUCUGUGCUGCAAUUUGAUACGAUUAUAGCUAAUUUAAGGCGGAUUUCCUCGAACUUCCCGCCCUGAUCCUUAAAGUUGAGCUGCUUAGUUCUCUCUGAUCCGAGGAUUGAGUACCAUGAUAGGGCUUAACAGAAUACAAGAAUUUUUGUUUACUUGGUGGUUAGUGAUUCCUUGCUUUUUAGGAUAUAUCCACAGUAACGAUCCUAUAUUGAAGUAUAUGUGCUCAAUUGAAAUUGGAGCCAAGUUUUGGACAGAUUUAAUACAGUGCAGUGUUGUGCUAGAUAGGGAGAUUUUGUCCGCUUUAAACACUUGUGUGCCUACUUCAAACUCAGAUGAAGCCGAGAAAACGCGUCAGUAUGUUUGUUCAAGACCAGAACAGUGGGUUAAAAUGAUGAACUGUAUGAAUAUAUAUUUAAUACAGCUACAGGAUGACACAAAAGCUAACCAGGAACUAAGCCCAGGGACUUUAUACAGGACUUGCGUUAGUGUGCUCAUCGGUGAAGCUGAGUAUUCCGACAAAACUGGAGAACCAUUCCUGCAAGAAGGAAACGACACUACUGUAACUCACGAUAUGAAAACGUGAAACAGGCCGUUCUGAUGGGCAUCGGCGAUCUAUCUCCGGGGAAAGAAGUUCAACAGUUUGAAGAAACCGCCUUAAAAGAACUUAGCGAGAAAAUUUGUGAGAUCGCGCUUUCAGAUUUAGUUUCAAGACACACUGAUUCGAUGAAUAAGUUUCGAUAACGAGAAGAGAUAAAGUGAACCACAUGUGUGCGCGCGAAAAAACAGUCAAAUUUGCAUCAAAAUGUUGUCAACUUUGGGUUUUUCAAAACGAUAAAUUUGCCUGUUUGACUAACCGAGAUUCUGGUUGGGCAAGAUUGUUACCAUUUUAGGUAAAAUGUUCGGAUAUUUAUUGGCGAAAUGUGUUUACAUUUUCCUUUUUGUUGAAAACAUGUAUCAACACUCAAAUAUUCGAUGAGCCUGUAAAAGUGGACCUUAUAAUCUCUUAAAUUCUCAUUACAGCUUUUAUAGAAGUCUGUUUCCUUUUUUUCUCUUGUCAAAUCCGUUUCCUAAACAGACAAAGAUUUCUUGAAAACCUCUGUAUGACUUUCGCCAAAAGUCAGAAACUAAUUUAUGAUCCACGAAGCAAGAACAGAAAAACAAGAUUAAAAAUAUUUGUUUAUGUUCACAAACUACGUUAUAUAUUUUUUUUAAAUAAAAAAUGGAAAUUUCUGUGAAAAAAUAACCAUACUACUAAUGUCCCAAACCUACGAUAUAUUCCUUAGGAAAUAUCACUUGCUGAAUUUAACGGUACAUGGAUUAGGUAAAUUACGUAAUAUUUUAAAAAUAAUUUGACAAAGUCUGACCUAUCUCAGUUCUCUAAUCUUUUCCAAAAAAGAUAUUUUGGGUAUCGUAACCUGACAUUCACAAAACAUAUUACAUGUUACUGGCGUACAGUUACGUAGAUCCCUAGAUUCUGAUGCUAAUCAUAGUUGUAUUUUUAGCUUAAAGUAACGUCAUGAAAGCUAUUUUAAAAUUAAAAAUAAGCACUUUAUAUUUUCAUUGGUUGAAUGGUCCUACUAAAAUGAAUUUUACGCUAAGUGAGAAGAAAACUGUGUACAAGAUGGUCACAAUUGUUGUGUCAUAGAUACAAUGUCAGGAAAGUAGUUGCAAUCGAAUCAUGAAUGGGCGCAACAGAUCAAAUUGUCCUUGAAGUGUCAUCAAA